CAAAAUGUUGCAUCUAUAAAAAAUAAAUAGAAAUGCUUGAUUGUUAACAAAACAGUACCACUUAAUUGUAUAUUGUAUAUACCAGUAACACUUGUAAGUUAAAAUUGAAAUUAGAACAUGCCAAUAAGACAAAGAUGAGCAUAUUACAGCAUUUUAAGAAAUCCAAAAAAAAAUAAAAAUAAAAAAAAAGUAGAACCAGAGUACCAAUUAAAAAGCAACUAUUGCAAUAGCAAGCACGUUCAGUAAUUUUAAUUUUUGUAACAUUGAAAUAUAUUAAAAAUAGGGGAAAAUAAACAAUUUCCGUUUCGUAUAAUCAAAUCCUAAAGUGUACCAGAUUUUAUAAAGAGGAAAUUAAAGAACUGUACUGAAUCUAGUACGACUACUAGAAAUCACUGAAAUCAGUGAAAUCACAUCCUUGUCUCUGCCCGUCCCGUAGUAAAGAUUCCAGAAAUCCAGUCCUGCGUGGUCAACAGGGCUCGUGAGCAGAUGAGGGAACAGAUACAUUCUGUAAAGUCUCUUCCGUUUCCGUUAUCUGCCAUCGCGACCCGGCGUCAUCCGUCCGUCACAUUUCGUUGAGCACGUCGUGUUUGUGUUGUUGGGGACUCGCUCAUCCACCCGUUAGUAAUAAAUUAUUUUUCAACAACACGAAGUGUUUCACGAUGGAUUAAUCUGUUCUUUUUAUCAUACGGACAGAUAGAAGAAUCAGAGACCAACGUUGAUAACCAUGUAUCUCAAACUAACGUUAACCAUAAAUUUUCUGAUAGGGUUAUCAAUUACAGCGAUUAAAGUUGACGCGCUUAAAUGCUACGUAUGCGGAGAUGAGGAACCUGAUUGUAAAGAUUUUGAAUUAACAAAAGACACUUAUGCCAAAGAAUGUUUACCUCCCAAUGAUCAAGGCUGCUUUAAAGAAACUAGAGGAAACAUAGUGAUACGAAAAUGUGCUAGUAGAAAAAUUGACGAUUGCCAGAAAGCAAACGGGGUGGAGUACUGCUACUGCUUCACAGAUUUGUGUAAUAGUAACAUUAGGCUGAUAGGUCCUACUGAUGAUGAGGAUUUAAUAGAAGGUAGUGGUAUAACAACAAUCUCGACUGGAACGGAGAAUCCUUUAGUUUUAAUUAAAGAUAAGUCUAAUGGUAGUAAAGCAUCUCUAUAUGGUUCACUGGUUUUCAUUCCUUUUGUUGCAUUGUUUUAUAACAAGUGAUUGACUCCGAAGUAUUAACAACAGUAUUAUUAAUUUAUUCCGCUUAAAAGACAAAACAAUUAUUACUAUGUCAUUUAAAUUUUGAUCAUAUGCUAACUUUUACAGCAUUUACGAAAAAAUUUUUACUACAAUUAUGAUCAUUUCUGUAUAGUUUCACUAUUAUCCUUUAGAUCCUUGGGUUGGUAUGGCUGGUUUUUAGUGAAUAGUGAAUUAUUAGUUUUGAUAUCUUGAAUAACUUUUGGUUUUUGGUGUAGAGUUUAUAAGUAUAUAAUACAAAAUAGUAGGUAAUUAUUUUAUAUAUUUAAUAUUUAACUCUAAUAAUGAUUUUCAUUAAAUAUUACAAUGAAAUUUUUGCGGCUUGUGUAACAUAUUCCUUGAAAAUUUAAUAUAUUUUUUCCAGUUUUAAGUGACCAAUAUAUUUUUUAACAUUAGGUAUUUUAUUAAUUAAAAUACUUUUUAAUAAUUUUUGUAGAGGAAUUAUUAUGGUUAGAUAUUCUGCUUAAUUCAUUUUUAGUGAAAGACAAAAAUAUUAGGCCUAAAUUAUGAAGAUGUGUAUUUGUUGUAAAACUUAGUUGAUUAACCAGUUACCUUUUUUUUGUGGUAAAUAUUGUAAGAUUUUACAUAAAUGCUAUUAUUUAUUGUAGCGAAUAAAUAAGAUAUAUUUAGUGAAACCAUAAUUUAAUGUGAUUUCAGAUCUAAAUAAAAUGUGCCAAACCUAUCAAUGUCCUAUUAAAGGAAAUUAUUUUUUAAGACUCAUAACUCAAAAAUAUCAAAUACUCUUAACAUUUAUAAAAUCUUGCCAUAGUAUA